AGAAAGCAAGGUGGUGUGAUAUUCACCUUGCUAAUGUGUUUAGCUAAUAUUUGUUCGUAGAUUUUUGUCCAAUGUAUUUAGUUUAGUUAUUAUGUUUAGUAGCCCACAACAAUGAGUAGAUAUAUCCUUCCUGCGUCUGUAUUCGGGACUGUUUUUGGCUGUGCUGUGUUGCUAAAGAACCAUUUGACAGGCGGCACCUGCCCAAGUAAAGCCAAAAUCCCUGGAAAGACAGUGGUUAUAACUGGGGCCAACACUGGGAUUGGAAAAGAAACAGCCCGAGAGCUGGCCAGGAGAGGAGGAAGGAUUAUUAUGGGAUGUAGGGACAUGGAGAAGUGUGAAGAAGCAGCACGUGAGAUCAGAGGUUCCACCCUGAACCCUCAUGUUUACGCCAGACGCAUCGACCUGGCUUCGAUUAAAUCCAUCCGGAGCUUUGCUGAGAAGAUCAAUCAAGAAGAGGAAAGAGUGCACAUUCUGAUCAAUAAUGCUGCGGUGAUGAGGUGUCCUCCAGGGAAGACUGAAGAUGGAUUUGACAUGCAGCUUGGAGUUAACUAUCUGGGCCAUUUCCUUCUGACCAAUCUGCUGCUGGAUAAGCUGCGAGACUCCGCCCCUAGCAGAGUGAUCAACGUAUCGUCUUUGGCGCACAUAGUCGGCGAGAUUGACUUCGAGGACCUGAACUGGGAGAGGAAGAAGUUUGACACGAAGAAGGCAUAUUGUCAGAGCAAACUCGCUCUUGUACUGUUUACACGAGAGCUCGCACGCAGGCUUGAGGGUACUGGAGUCACAGCGUACGCCCUGCACCCUGGAGUCGUCGCCACAGCGCUGGGUCGACACACAGGCAUGCACCAAUCCCAGUUCUCCAGCACAGUACUCAGUCCGAUCUUCUACCUGCUGAUAAAAUCGCCCGAACUUGGCGCCCAACCCAGCGUCUACAUGGCCGUUGCUGAGGAGCUGGCGAGCGUGAGCGGUCGUUACUAUGACGUUAUGAAAGAGAAAGAGCCUGCCCCUCAGGCUCUGGACCAGGAAGUGGCAAUCAAACUCUGGGACAUCAGCGCAUCUUUGGUGGGUUUAGAGACCACUGUGUCAGUACCAACCUCUUCUCCAGAGUCCGUGAACACAAGUUCUGUCUGAGCAGGCUCGGGGACGCACGUCAGAGCCGACUGCGUAACACUGACAUGACUGGCAUUGAGGCAACGUGAUUUUAAAGCCUCAAGUAUGUUUUCCAGACCUGAAAAGUGUGUCGGAUGACUGAUUUGUCAGUCUCAAAUGUCUUAGGUGCCUUCUUCAGAGGUCACACAAAGCAAAGACUUGCGAUGUGUAAUGUUAUCAUGAAGUAGAUUGUGUUAAUUAUUUCAUUGUGAAAUGCUGUAGAAUUUUGUAAUAAAUAAAGAAACCAACACUCCAUGCAAAGACGACACUGAAAUCACAUUAAAAUCACUCAAACUAUAGCUUGCUGAUGACCUCAUUCUAUACGCCAUGACAGUAAGUCUUUUUAGAAGCCAUUUGAGGUGGAACUACUUUU